AUGACUGACCAUGCCAUUAUUGCCCACUUGUUUACCACAGGCUCCCCCGCUGCCGUUAGUGCCAUCAUACCCAUCAACAACAUGGAAAUACCCCACAUAUCGCUACUCCCCGUCUUGUCUAAUCACGCAUCAUUCCACCUACCACUCAAUCUUCAAUGCUUCAACGUGUUGCUCGUCAUUUGUAUCGUCGCGCCAUCAUACCCGGUAGUUCGCAUGGGCAAUAUAUCAGACUCGAAGUUAUCAGCGGAAAAAAAUCUUAAAGUCCCGUCUGAACGUAUACCUGCAGGUAUUUAUGUGUCCAUCAAACUCGAUUCUGGACAUCAGUUGCCCCAGUCCUAUUAUCCGACGAAUCCAUCACCGCAUGCGUCACCUAACUUAUCGGUGGAGAUCCGGGCAUCCUUUGAGCUCGGUCGAAUGCUAGGCAAUGGGGAAGUCAUCGGGAAACUUGCAAUAUCGUGGGAUAAGCUGCUCCGUCAUGGAAACGAGCCUUUCGAUGACGUCCACCCUUCCCUCACGCUGAAAGCCACUGUUAUUAACCUUCCCGGAAAUCAGGACGACGCACUGUUUGAUUCCAUUAUUGAUUGCGAGAUCGCUCGAGAAACAGAUGCGGGCCACACAAGAUUUGCCAAAUAUGUGACACGCAACAGGGUGUCUGACCUGAACAAUGCUGUGGAGCAUUUUCGUUUGGUUUUAGAGCGGUGUCCGGUCGACCACCCUGACCGUGCAGCUGCACUGACCAACCUUGCGUGCGCACGCCUUCAAGGGUACAAUCGUAAUGAUUUUAAAGACAUUGACUUCAUCACCUCUCUAUUCCGCGACGCCCUUUCAUUGCGUCCGCAGGGCCACCUCGAUCAUCCACUAUCCCUCUAUUAUCUCACUGAAGCGCUGACCUAG